GAGAUCACAAGUAACAUCGUUGGCAAUGAUUCAGCAGUCAACAAUGACCCCAAAAAUUUGGCCGGCGACCUUCUCUUCGAUUGGCAGUUUGAUUAUAAUUAUUCUAAGCUGAACAGCGACGAACCCUACUAUAACCUCACCAAGACUAGACUAGAGUUAAUUAAAGACCACGCACAAUUUACGUUCCCCAGAUCAUGGCUUCACAAAUGGUCAAACAAUUUGCAUUCAGGCAAUCGAGACAGCACAGAGUCAACUUGAAUAUUUUAAUGUUGAACGAUUGCUUUAUCCCAUGGCUUCGAAAACAUUAACAGCCCAGACAACAAGAUUCCCAGCAUUUUUUGAGGGAUGCGAAUUUAAUCUGUUGACAAUUUUGUGCUCCCCAUUAUAUAUACUUGGGACUGGGGAUAUGGAAUUGACUUGAGUUGGGUUUUUGGUGAAGAUUGGUGAAAUGGGAUUUUCUUGGUCUUUUCUUCUUGCUCUUGUUGUUGUUUUGGUUUUCGGGUUUGAUGGAGCAGUCAAGUGUAACGGAGGAACUACAAGCGUUUUCAGAAGGGCAGUGCAGGAAAGUGUUGAUAUGCCACUCAAUAGCGACGUCUUCCAGGUGCCUCCUGGCUAUAAUGCGCCUCAACAGGUUCAUAUAACACAAGGAGACCAUGAGGGGAGGGCAGUGAUUGUAUCGUGGGUAACUGAGGCUGAACCUGGCUCCAGUGAAGUGCUCUACUGGACUGAUAGAAACACGGAAAAGUGCAAGGCCGUGGGCAGAGUUGUCACCUAUAAAUUCUACAACUAUACUUCCGGUUACAUCCAUCAUUGCACCGUUAGAGACCUGCAGUUCAGCACAAAAUACUACUAUGAGGUUGGGAUUGACCACACAACAAGGAUGUUUUGGUUUACAACCCCUCCUAAACCCGGUCCAGAUGUGCCAUAUAUUUUUGGUCUCAUAGGAGAUUUAGGUCAGACUUUUGAUUCAAACAAGACACUUACCCAUUACCAGUUGAACCCGGCAAAGGGUGAAACAUUGUUGUUUGUAGGAGACCUAUCUUACGCAGAUGACUAUCCAUUUCAUGACAAUGUAAGAUGGGAUACAUGGGGAAGAUUCACCGAAAGAAGUGUUGCUUAUCAACCUUGGAUCUGGACUACCGGGAAUCAUGAGAUUGACUUUGCCCCAGAACUUGGUGUAACAGAAACAUUUAAGCCAUUUAGUCAUCGGUACCAUACCCCUUAUAGGGCCGCCAAUAGUACCUCUUCUUUUUGGUACUCAAUCAAGAGAGCUUCGGCACAUAUCAUUGUUUUAUCUUCCUAUUCAGCUUAUGGUAAGUAUACGCCCCAAUAUUUAUGGCUGCAAGCAGAGCUUCCAAAGGUCAACAGGAGUGAGACACCGUGGUUGAUUGUUCUUAUGCAUGCGCCAUGGUAUAAUAGCAACAGUUAUCACUAUAUGGAAGGCGAAACCAUGAGAGUGCAGUUCGAGUCGUGGUUUGUACAGUACAAAGUUGAUGUUGUGUUUGCUGGUCAUGUUCAUUCUUAUGAACGAUCUGAACGAUACUCGAACAUUGCUUACAAUAUUACAAAUGGCCUUUGCACUCCUGUGAAAAACACAUCCGCUCCUGUAUACAUAACCAUCGGUGAUGGAGGAAACAUUGAGGGGUUGGCAACCAUCUUUACAGAGCCACAGCCAAGUUACUCUGCAUUUCGCGAAGCCAGUUUUGGUCACGGCGUUUUUGAGAUUAAGAACCGAACUCAUGCUUACUUUGGUUGGCACCGUAAUCAAGAUGGUUACGCCGUGGAAGCUGAUUCUCAAUGGUUUUUCAACCGGUACUGGUACCCGGUUGACGAUUCCACCAAAGCCCAAUCCUGAUGCCAUAUUCUUUCUUGCUCUCCCCAUACAGGUUUGAAAACAAAGGAAAAGGAAAACCGAAAGAGCAGAAGGUGGUUUUGGUCUCUGGAAGUCUUGUGAGUAAUAAGUUGGAAUUUCUGGUGAUUUUUUCUUCAAAGUUUCAAUAAUUGAGCUCUUUUACAUUGGCACAUGAUGUGCACUUCCUUCAACAUGUAUACAAGUAAUUUCCUCCUGUUAAUAUUAAACAUCUUGUUUUUUGCACACUUGAUCUUGGAUUUGUGAAUUAAUUCCCAAGGGCAUGGAAGAUUUUU